UGGGAGCCGCUCGCACUCCUCGACCAGGCCAAGGCGGCACACACCCGAGAGAGAGAGAGAGAGCAGAAAGCACAGGCGCAGCCAUGGAUCGCUUCGCGCUGGACAAGCUCAAGAAUGUCAUGGACGAUGCGAAGAGUGCCGUCAAGGCCAAAAUGGGCACAGAUGUAGAGCGCAAAAUGGAGGAGGCGCUUUCUAAUAAGAACUGGGGCGCGUCCAGCACGCUGCUCAACGAGAUCUCGCAGCUCACCUACGACUAUGAGGCCUAUGGAGUCAUUAUGCGCAAGAUCUGGGAGGCUCUAGACGCCGAGGGCCGCCAGUGGCGCGCCGUAUACAAGGCACUAAGUCUGCUAGAACACCUGAUCAAGAACGGUACGGAGCGUGUGAUCGAGAACGCGCGCGACCACAUGUUUAAGCUGCGUCACCUCUCGGGCUUCUCCUACCACGACGGAUCUGUCGACCGUGGCAACGGAGUUCGCGACAAGGCCAAGCAGCUCGUGGAUAUGCUGAAUGACAAUGAUAUGAUCCGUACGGAGCGCGAGAAGGCUGGACGUCUGCGCAACAAGUAUGUGGGUAUUGGCAGUGGCGUCGGCGGUGGAAUGGGAGGGGGUUACAGUGGCAGCAACAGCUACAGCGGAGGAGGCGGCGGUGGUGGCUACAGUGGAGGAGGUGGUGACGGCUACAGUGGAGGUGGUGGUAGCAAUAGCUACAGCGGGGGAGGAGGAGGUUAUAGUGGAGGCGGUAGCAACAGCUACAGUGGAGGUGGCAGUACGAGUUACAGUGGCGGUGGAGGAGGCUAUAGCAGCGGCAGCAGAGGCUACGGAGAUAGCGACUCGAAGGGUUAUCAGGACACCAAGGACAAGAGCUACUCUAGUCGCUACGCUGAUGACGACCGUGAUAACGGGAGCGAUGAGUCCGAGUCCGAGGAGGAAGUGCGCUCGAAGCGACGAACGGCGUCGUCGAAGCGGAAGGCGGCUGCGAAGAAGAAAGAGGAGCCCGAGCCAAAGCCUGCAACAAAAGCACCUUCAGCAGAGCCCUCCCUUCUGGACAGUGACUUCUUCAGUGCCGCUCCGGCUGCAGCACCCGUAGGAAACACAUUCGACCCGUUCGCUCCGGCUCCCGCUGCUCCUGUUGUUGCACCCCAAACUGCAUCAUUUGCUGCCUUUGGAGGCGCCGCCCCCGCCCCUCAGCAGUCUUUCGGCGCCUUCGGCACACAGCCGCAACAGCAACAAGCUUCGUUCAACGCCUUUGGAAACACCAGCGCCCCUGUUCAAGGAAACGCUCAGCAGUUUGCUGCUUUAUCAGCUGCACCAGCCCAGGAAGGCUUUAACGCAUUCGGGCAACAAGGCAACGCCGCAGCUCCCCCCGCCCCUGCGUUCAGCCAACAACAGCAGCAGUUCGGACAGUUCGGCGGUAUGCAGGGCGGUAUGCAUCAGCCUAUGCAGGGAGGCAUGAACAUGCAGCAGAACCGAACGGCUUCUAACCCUGGACGAAUGAACGCUGGUCCGCAGCCUGAGCAAAAGAAGAGCAACGAUGCGUGGGGGGCUGGCUCUUCUCUCGUUGAUCUCAACAACCUGAGCAGCUCUACGCGUAGCAACACCAGCAACGCAGGUCGUCCCGGUCAGCAGCAGCAACAGCAGCAGCAGCCCAACGCAAGUCGCAACAGCUUCAGUGGUCUGGAUACUCUUGCUGGUAUGCCCAGUAAGCCUGCGAUGGGAGGAGCUGGUGGGAUGAACCCCAUGGGCGGUGGCAUGAACUACGGCGGUGGCAUGGCCAUGAACCAGGGUGGAAUGCAGCAGCCGUAUGGCCAGAUGCAAGGAGGAAUGGGGAUGGGCGGCAUGCAGCCCCAAGCGAUGAUGGGAGCUAUGGGGAUGCAGCCAGGAAGGGAAAUGCAGCAGCCUGGAAUGGGUAUGAUGAACCAGGGAGGCUACGGUGGCAUGGGUGGCAUGCAGCAGCAGCAGCAACAACAGCGACAGCAGCAGGCAUUCGGCCAGUUUGGCAACUUUAGUUGA